CAGAGUUUUAUUCGAUCUUGCGUAUGUAUGAAACGAUUGAUUAUACAAAUUGGGCUCUUUUUAAUUCUAAAUUUUGUUAUGUAUUAUUAAAAUGUUUGGGUCGGCAGCCUCCCCCUAUUCACUUUUUGGCCUCUCUUUUUCCAUAGCUUUUUGUCUCUCUCUCUUUUUAUAUAUAACCUUACCCUUAAAGCCCUUCCCACACAACAUUUGCAUUCUCUCUCCCUCUCUCUCGUUUGUUCUUUUGGAGUCUCAUAGUCUCUCUUCUUCCCCGUCCUCCAUAUAUUAUCACUUGAUCGAUCCCUCCGGUUUCCUUGUUCGUUGGGAGACGAUCGGUCUUGUUAAUCUCCUAAUAACAAGACCGGUCGUUUUGGUUACACAUAUAUAUAUAGCUAUAUAUACAAAGCAUAUAUAUGGCUCCGGUUUCGUUGCCACCCGGUUUCCGAUUCCAUCCGACGGACGAGGAACUGAUCACUUACUAUCUCAAGAGAAAGAUCAACGGUCGAGAGAUCGAAUUGGAGAUCAUCCCCGAAGUCGAUCUCUACAAGUGCGAGCCUUGGGACUUACCAGGGAAGACAUUGCUUCCAAGCAAAGAUCAAGAAUGGUACUUCUUCAGUCCGAGGGACAGGAAAUACCCAAACGGUUCAAGAACGAACCGAGCAACGAAAGGCGGUUAUUGGAAGGCGACGGGUAAAGACAGGAGAGUGAGUUGGAGAGACCGAGCCAUCGGUACGAAAAAGACGUUGGUUUACUACCGAGGACGAGCACCUCACGGUAUCAGAACCGGUUGGGUCAUGCACGAAUAUCGCCUCGACGAGACCGAAUGUGAACAUCCGGCUUCAGGAUUGCAGGAUGCGUAUGCACUUUGUCGUGUGUUCAAGAAAGCGUUGAUCGAGGGGAAGCCGAGGGAACUGAAUUCUUACGUGCAUAAAAGCCCGAUGAGCGGAAUUUGUUCGUCGAAUCUCGAGGUUUGUUCCGAUCUCGAGAGUUCCACGCAUCAAAUUCAGCCGUACCGCACGGGCCAAGGCCAAUUCUGCGACGAACGUUUCAAUCCAGUCGACGUCGGUGGAGUCCGAGAUGAAGAUUGGGCACGAUACUUAUCAAAUGACAUGUUUGCUUUUCCAAACUAUGGAUCUUCUCAUGCACCAUCAUAUCCUCCUCCGUCCAAGAAGGUUAACACGGAGUUAGAAUGUGCAAUGUUGCGACAUCAAACGUCUCUGCCGCCGUUACGGAUAGAAAACUCUCCUCAAGAAAACGAUUAUUUCAAAACGAAUCAAAACAAUAACGGCUUCGAGGACUUUACUUUCGCCGCAAGUAAUUCCAAUCUCUAUAACAACGAUCCGUUCAUACCCGUUGGAAAUCUAGAUCACAGUUCGGGGUGGAUGAGAAUGCCAAACAAUGAUUUUAACCAGGGUUUCAUCGUAGAACAUAACAUUGUGCCAGAUUUCGAUGAUAAUAAGGAACGAGAUCUUGAAUUCGGUGGUGAAUCUCGUAAUAACACCGUAAACAACAUUGAAAUCGACGAUUAUCUUUCGUUCGAAAUCUACAACGAGGACCGGGUAGGGGAGGCGGACGAGGAGGGCAUCAAUACAGACGAGACCCUAAACUCUUCGGGCUUCCGAGUGGUCGAGGAAAUCAGGGUUAGCCAUGGAAUGUUCAUCGCCACACGACAAGAGAGCGAGACUGUGUUUCACCAAAUCGUUCCUUCGGAGACGUUGAAAGUUCAGAUCAAUCCUUUCGACGAUUAUUUGGAAGAGAUGACUUCGUUCGGAGAUGGCUCGGAAUCUUUCCUCGACAAGAUUAAGACAAAGCUGACCGAGAUUAACUUGAUCGCCCAUCAAUAUUACAAGACCAUUAGGGUAUUUUUCUGACAUCCCUUCUGCAAAAGAAGGGGGAAUAUAUAUAAAUGAUAUAUAUAUAUAUAU